UGUGUCAUCAGUUGGACGAGAAAACGGAUGGAAGAGCAGUAUCAGAUUUCAACGCUGAACCUGUCUUCUGUCACUGACUUGUUUGCUUGCUGGGAAGAUUGAGUCCUCUACAAAACGUCACAGGAGACAACUGCAGCACUGUCAAUUUAGCAGAAGCAAACUCCGCCAGAAUCUUUUUUUGUCUACCGGAAUUUGUUGAUCACGGUCAUGGGGCAACUAAUAACAGUUAAAAAGAAAGGGGAACCCACAAAAGACAACGGAUCCACCAAAGACGGCAACUUUGAGAGCGAGUUUGUGGAAACUCACAACGCGUAUCGCAGGACACACAGCGCACCGCCGGUGACGCUGAGCCAGGAGCUUUGCAGAUCCGCGCAGGUGUGGGCGGAUCACCUGCUGUCCGUCAAAACGAUGGAGCACAGCGAGACGGAGGACGGAGAGAACAUUUACUACGCCUGGAGCUCCGCCCCCAAGAAACCCACAGGAAAGGAAGCAGUAGACAGCUGGUACAGUGAGAUCAAAGAUUACGACUUCAGCAAACCAGGACCCAGUAUGGAGACUGGGCACUUCACCCAGUUGGUGUGGAAGAGCACGACGGAGGUGGGGGUGGGUCUCGCCACUGAUGGAAACACCGUGUUUGUGGUGGGCCAGUACAGUCCUGCGGGGAACAUUACCAGUGUGGAGUACUUUGAGAAUAACGUCUUGCCACCAGUAGGUUGAGGACCUGUCGGUCCAUCAGCGGUGACAUGUGGCAGACAGCAAAGAGAAGGCAACAGAGCCCAGAGCAGCCGAGUUUGUUCAAAAUAAGCCCCGGUUUACUGCAAUAUUACCCGCUGUCUUUUCCAACAAUAUAAGUGUUGUCUCUAUGGUUAAAAGAUCACCAUCACUGCCUGUUUUAAUGGGAGAGCUGUUGUCAUUAUCACCCUCUCUGCCAUUUUCUUUUUAAACUAGAGGCCCAUAUUCACUUUCAGCCCUGACUCCAGACUAAUCCCCUCAAGGAGUCAAUGUCUCUAUGAAUCCAGUGUAAUUCUCUCUGCCCUUUUCAGUGAAAUUAUUUUAUUUGUAAUGUUUUACAUAAAUAUUAACAUUUACCUCCUCCUACUCCCUCCACUCUGAUGUGGAAAAGGUAACUUAAAAUACAAGUUCAAAUAUAUUGUAAUUAAAUAAAACCAAAUAAAACCAAACCACGCUCUCUGCUGGUCCACCAUCACCAAGUCUCAGUAAAGAGUAAAAUGUCGUAGUAUUCUGAGUCACUCGGUCACACUCUUGUUUCACUGAAACAUAUUUGGAAAAAAUAAUGUCAUAGUGUUUGUUUGUACAUUUCAUCUGCUCUUUAUUAAUGUCAUGCAAUUUGCAUCUCAACCUCAUUAUAAUCAAUUGCACAUAAAUGUCACACUGCACUACAACCAAAGAAACACAUAAAUAGGUGGCACAGCAUAAAAACAUUUUUGAAAUCUGAGAUUUAAAGCAUCAAUAUGAACUUAGUGUAGAUACACAGCAAUAUUAAGGAUGUAGUGUUACACCCAGCCUCUAACCUGUUUUGACUUGUCAAUGCACGGACAUCACAUUUGUGGAGCAUAGGCUUUCUGCCCACUAUGGCUGUUUGCUGAUGAUGUGUCUUGCUGAUGACGUCUCCAUAGGCACAGUUACGUUGACCUUUCUUGGUCACUGAAGCUUCCACCAAAUUCACCCUGACACCCUUUCAAAGUCACUGUGAUAAUUUGCAAAAAAAACCCUCUAUGGCAGUGUUUAAAAAUCUGUGAGAACUGUAGACUUUAUGACUCUAAUAUCACCCUCGCUCUCCUUUUUAAACUAGGAAACCAUAUUAGCUUUCACUCCAACUCAUUUUAUUAAACAGUCAAUGUCUCUGACUAUCAUCUGUCCUUUUCAGUGAAAUUAUUUUUAUUUGUAAUUUUCUACUAUUUUCUGUUACAUUAGCAUUUGAAAAGUGUGCCUUGACAGCGAAAUCUGUAGUUGGGCAAUAGUCCAAGCUGCAUGCAUAAAGAGUGUUAAGUCCAGCUGGUGUCAUUACACGUGAGCCCUCCCAUGUUUUAUAUGGAGAGUAUCAGCUUAUGCCCUCCAACAGGCCCUUCAGGGUCCCACAGGUUAGGUUUACCAGGCCCCACAGGUUAGACUUACCAGGCCCCACGGGUUAGACUUACCAGGCCCCACGGGUUAGACUUACCAGGCCCCACAG